ACACACAGAUUGGGAGCAUGCUCGUAAAUUUACCAAAUUUCUGAAACAUUUAUACAGAAUCACAUGUGGAGUUUCAGAGACUAAGCAUGUUUAUUCCCACAUGUUGUUUCAAAAUGUUGCCGCUAUAAACGAGCUGUUGGCACGUUUCUGUGAUGGUGAUGAUAAUACCUUCAAACCUGUUGCUAUUAAGUUGAAGGAGAAAUACAUUAAGUAUUGGGGGGAUCCUGAAGAGAUGAACAUGUUGAUAUUUGUUGCUGCUAUUCUUGAUCCGAGGACCAAGCAAUCUGAACGUUUGAAGAUACCUGUUUUAUUGACAUAUGGUGAGACUAGAGGUGAACAAGUAUUGGAGAAGGUAAAUCAGACAUUGCACUCUCUUUUCAAGGAAUACAAGUGCUUGUAUGAGCAAGUUGGAAGCGAAGGUGAUGGUUCAGAAACAGAACCUAGUUGUAGUGAAUCAAGUUUUAAACACUACCUGUAUUUAUACCAAAAGGAAAGGAAAGCUGCAGCUGCUGCAGAUGUCAGAACUGAAUUAGAGAAGUAUAUUUCUCAAGAGGUUGAAUGGCAGUAUUCAGGUUUUGACAUUCUCACUUGGUGGAAAUAUAAAACACACGAGUUUCCAAUACUUUCGCGCAUGGCUCGUGAUAUAUUGGCCAUCCACAUGUCAACAGUUUCUUGUGAAUCAGCUUUUAGUACUGGUGGUUGUGUUCUUCACGAUUUUAGAAGCUCAUUGCCUCCUUUGGUGGUGCGGAGUUUGAUAUGCGCACAUGAUUGGGUUCGUCAACCGUCGAAUGAUGCAAAGAGUUGAGUGAAUUCGAGCAGUAAGCAUCUGCUGACUCAGAGUGGCGUUGAUGCUUGAAGAAUGAUUGAAUGGAGCCAUUGAAACGUGUUGGAG